AUGCCUGGGACUACCUCAAUACCGGAGACGCAAACAGUAGCGCUGGUUCACAAGCAAGGUGACCCUGUUGAAUUCGACGAUACUUAUCCCGUCCCAGUUCCAAAGGACAAUGAGAUCCUCGUCAAAGUUCUGUACACAGGAGUCUGCCAAAGCGACCUGCACACAAAAGCCGGCACUGCCCCUUCCGCCACCGGCGCCCCGAUCACCAACAUCAAGCUCCCGCACGUUGGCGGUCACGAAGGCGUUGGCCGCGUCGUCGCCCUUGGCCACCAGGCGUCCUCAAACAUCACUCUUAACACCCUUAUUGGCAUCCGCUUCCUCAGCACGACCUGCCACGCCUGCGAGUAUUGCGUUGCAGGUCUCGAUCAGUACUGCCAGAGUGCAACGAAUCACUUGCAUCACGAAGAUGGGAGUUUCCAGCAAUACUGCCUCCUGAGAUCGGGGAAGGGAACGGAGGAUUUCGUGGUUCUAGGCGACGCUGAUGAGGCAGACACGGAUCUCCUGAAAGUCCUUGGGCCAACACUCUGUGCGGGUGUCACUGCUUACAAAGCAGUCAAGAACUCCGGCAUUCAGAAGGGCGAAUGGCUCACUGUAGUAGGCGCGGGAGGUGGACUGGGUCACUUUGCCGUGCAAUAUGCACUCGCCCGCAGCGCCUACGUAAUCGGCAUCGACGCCGGAUCUCACAAGCACGACUUCAUCACUUCCCUCGGCGCAUCCCACUACAUCGACAUCACGCAAACCCCCGACAUCGCCUCUGAGGUGCAGCGUCUCACCAAUGGCGGCACCCACGCCCUAAUCGUCACGAGCGGGCACCCAAGCGCAUUUACCAAACUUGGUGACAUGAUUCGUACCGGGGGAUCGCUGUGCAUGGUGGGAAUCCCGCCGGGGGAGGUGAAGCUUGACAUGCCGGUGUCCGAGAUCAUUAUUCGCGGGUUGAGGAUACAGGGGAACUUGGUAGGAUCGUUGGCAGAGACGAUGGAGGCGGUUGAGUUGGUUAGGCAGGGGAAGGUGAAGCCGAGGGUGCAGGUGUUGCCAUUCAGGGAGCUGGAGAGGGCGUAUGAGUUGCUAGAGAGUGGGAAGGUGAUGGGCAGGAUUGUGCUGAAGAUGUGA